GACAACCUUCCGCUGUGGUGAAACUGUGUUGUGCGCGGCGGAUGGAAGGAUCGAAGCGGAUUCAGUCGCUCGCUGACCUCGGUACGCGCGAUAGUACUCGAACGUGUAGUAAAACUCGACAGCCGCUCGCAAUCGCAUUCCGCAAUUGCACGAGUCGAAAAUUCGAGCGUUCGAUCUUCGAACGUACUUCGAUUUUUUUUUUCACCCACAUCUACUAUCUAUAUAUCGCAUCUACUUCCGCGAUCGUUUGGUGUCGUCACGAAGGGGAUAGGCGGAAACAGACCAAGUGACACAUACAAGUGCGCGAUCGAGUGCCAAGGACCGAGGAUUCUCUUCUCCUGGUUCUCUCUCUCCUGUGAUAUAAACGCAACGCAACGAUCGACUCGCGAACGUUAAUCCCUCUCACGUGUUCGCGCCGCCCGGAAAAGUGUCGCGCGCUGUCUCUGUCUCGCUCUCGCGAAUGUCGCCCGCCGCGACCUGAUUACGCGCGAACGCAUGCCGUCCCGUGCGUGCGUGCCGGAUAAAGCACGAGGAACGGUGACGACGACGACGACGACGACUCGCCGUCCGAUGAACGUCGAAACGUUUUGUGUCCGGUUCAACGACGACGACAGCGGCCAGUGAUAUUUCCGCUGCACCCGGGACACCGCUUUGGCAAAGGAUUUUUUUAUCGACGAGACAUCGCGACUGACAGCCGAGACGAGGCAGAGACCAGCGAUCCAAGGAGACUGAGACGAUCGACAAAGAGACGACGACGACGAUGCGAAAGGAGAUCGAGACAAGACAGACGAAAUCUAAUCACGCGGAUCCUUUGCCAUCUCAUCAGCUGAUCGAUUAGAUAAGCCACCGGCUCCAAGGGCGUGUUAUGAAAUUGUUGCCAUCGAUUCCGCUAUCGCCGGUUUCCGCUGCAGGCGGAAUGACCGGAAUGGAUUCCCGGCUACCACCGGGUAGAUCGUUGCCUUUCACUCCGGCGGAUAUAUUCUGGAGAACUCAUUGUCAAUAUGGGUUCUCGCUAAACUUUCCACCUGCGACGCAUCCGCCGACCAGUCCCUUUCUGGAUUUCAAAACUCAUUUACCAACGAGUCUAGUGUCCGAUCCUAGAUUGUGGUCGCGGGAGGAUGUGGUGGCAUUUCUGCGGUGGGCCGAGCAGGAAUUCGAUCUGCCACCGUUCGACAUGGACAUGUUCCAGAUGAAUGGCAAGGCGUUGUGCCUGUUGACGAAGGCCGAUUUGGGCGAUAGGUGUCCAGGCGCCGGUGACGUGCUGCACAACGUGCUCAGCAUGCUGGUGCGCGAUUACAGCCAGCUGCAGAGGUGUCUGCCGAGCAGCCCGGUGACCCCGACCAGGUCGUCCGCGUAUCCCCUGAGUCCGCUCUCGCAUCCGCCCACACCCACGUGGACCACGGAGACGCCGCCGUACGCCCAGAAUCUCGCAUCUCUGAUGUCGGCCAACUCGGUGACCCUGUCACCGGCGCCGUCCGUGGACAGUCAAUCGGGCUCGCCCAGCCACGCGACCGACGCGAAUCAGACGCAGGUCUACAAGAGUGAUUCGGACGAGGAUAACAAUCACCAGGUAUCGAGCGGUAACAGCAGCCCGCCGCCUACGCCGACGGCUUUGACGGCGCAGAGGCUCAGCGAGGUGAGCGUCAAGGAUCAACCGAGUCCGACAUUGCCGUCGCAGUUGAUGCCGUUGACACCCGGUGCUUUCCGAUCGACUACUGCGGCCAGAGAAUUCUUCCCCAGCGACUCGUCAGAACCUAACACCAAUGGAAGACUACUCUGGGACUUCCUUCAGCAGUUGCUGAAUGACCCCCAGCAACGGUAUCACAAUUUUAUCGCGUGGAAAAGUCGGGACACUGGCGUGUUCAAGAUCGUCGAUCCGCCGGGUCUGGCGCGACUCUGGGGCAUCCAAAAAAAUCAUCUUUCUAUGAAUUAUGAUAAGAUGAGCAGAGCGUUACGUUAUUACUAUCGUGUGAACAUACUUAGAAAAGUUCAAGGCGAACGACAUUGUUAUCAAUUUUUACGUAACUCGGUUGAGUUGAAGAACAUCAAAAAUAUAUCGUCGCUGCGCCAUCAAAUGCGAAUAAAAUCGGAACCAGAAGAAGAAGGCGCUCUCUCUGGGAGUCCUGAAACGGAACCGGAAGCGGAUAUGCCGACGGAUCUCUCGAUGUCCAGUAUGAACCAGCCAUCGAGCGAGCAGCAACAGCAGCAGCCCUUGCCACUGCACGAUCCACCUGCCAAGUACAGAAGUCACGCAUACAACCUCGUUAAGACCAAUCAGGAACCGGAAGAGAGGAAGUGACGCGGGACCUAGCGAUGGAAAGCUAUGAUCGCGCCUAAUUGUUAAUCGCGCCGCGGCAGACUGAGAGCUGGCGGUGAAACGAACUCUACGUAACAAGGGUUCCAUAUUGACAACCGAUCGACAGAGCGCAGAGCGAGAUUAGAAAUUGAGUGAACAUCUACUCCAUCCGGUUGGUUCAUCGGUUUGUUGAUAAGAAUGAGAUAUCCACAUGAAGAAACGUCUUCUGAAGAGGAAGAGAACAGAUGGAUUUCGAAAAGCGUAACCUCGAUGACGAGGUCUAGGAGGACAAGAUAAUGACGAGAUAAUUAGUGAUUGAUGGAGAAAAGUAUAAGAAUGACUGAGAAGUUUGUCGAAUGUAAUCGCGAUAAAUUGAAGGACUCUCGAAAUACGAUUCGCAUGUAUGAGACUUUCUUGAAAAUAUGCGUCAGAAUAGAGGAAGGCGAGUAAACUUUCUCGUUUAUCCAAUUCACAUUGAGGCACAUUGACGUUCCAGAGAUGAUUCUUGAGGGAUCAAAAAAUUAGAUUCUUCGUGCUUUUUCUCUGUCUGUCGAGGACAGUUCAAAGUUACAAUCAUCCAAAGACUCUUCAUUUUUGUCGUUGUUACGUCGUGUACGAAUGUGAUAAGGAGUGCGGGAAGAAAGCCCGUUUUGCCAAUACCACCUCUCACGGCGCAAAUUGGAUAACGAGAUUCGCCGCCUUCCGUCCUCACUCGGAUUCGCGUUGAAUCGUUGUGCGCCGGAGAUAAUGAUAGACGCUUCGAUGUCCGAAGCUGCUGAAUCUUCGCGGAUAUUCCGCCCUAUCCUCUUUUCCGCUUCCCUCGUAACUGGGCAAAUCACCCAUGCGAAUUGUCGGGCAAUUUCCUUUCCGCUUUUACAACGACGAGACGUGUACGAACUUAUAGGUGCGCUUAACAGCAUACAUACAAUGAUUCAAUGUACAAAGAAUGCCAGAGAGAGAGAACUGUUACCAGGUCUUUCCUUUCUUUAAUGUCUCUCUUUUUCUUUUCUUAAUCUUAAGCAUACGUUCUGUGAUGUGACUUUAUUUUUGGCGAAACGUAGUCCGCGAAUAAGGUCAAUCCCAAAGAGAGACUCUACUUGAUUUGAGACAUUCAAAUGUGUAAAUGCAUCACAGAAAAAUUAUAAUACGUUACAAACGUUUCCAUGAGAUUUCCGAAGAAUAUACAGAGCUUGACAAAAUCUUUCGAUAGUUUAAUGAGAUUUUUUAUGUAUGACUCUGUAAAGUGAGUAUUAGAAAAGAGAGAUUUAAUUGGAUUUUCUCAAGCUCUUCUGAAACGGUUCUCCGUUACUUUGACGUAUUUGUGCCAAGAAUAUUUGCCGUUUAUAAGUGAACGAUAUUUAGUUAUAUGUAUUUAAUCGAUCGUUCAAAAAAAAAAACUCGAUAUAUCACAAUUUUGGAACCAA